AAUUAUACACUGUCUACCAACCCAACUCGUUCACAUCUUCAACUGGAUACGCUACUGAGGCAUGACGGCAGGUCAUGUCACUGAUCAUGUGUGCUGCUUUAUUUCCUAGACACAGCCGCAUUGCAAAGACAUGGAUGAAGUGAUCAACUUUUGAAGUGGUUUUGCUCCCCAUAUUUGCCAGAGCUACCUAAAGGUGAACUGCAGAGAUGCCUAGUGAGAAGGCACAUGUAGAAAUUCCUAUGAUUAUGUACGAACCGCACCAUGAACCCUACGUGCAAGAACCCUCUGCACCAGGGUACUGCAGCCAAGAAGGGGGUUAUGAGUAUCCUUCUCCCCCACCUUACUCCUGUCGAGAAACAGCCACCCUUGAGCAACCAGUUUACUUAGUGUCUCAGCCUCCAAUCAUCGUAGCAGGAAUCUUCUCAAGCAAACCAACAUCCACAAUAUGCCCUUCCUGCCGCCAGCACAUCACCACACAGGUCACCUACAGACUGGGCAGACUGUCUUACCUUCUGUGCACCAGCUUGUGUAUGGUUGGGUGCUGUUUUGGAUGCUGCUUCGUACCUUUCUUCGUGAAGAUCUUCAAGGACGCAGACCAUUACUGCCCAUGCUGCCAAUUUCAUAUUUAUAGAUACAAAAGACUAUAGAGACAAAGUUUAUGCAACCAGAUGAUGUCAAAUCUCUGUUUCCUAAUAGCUUAAGAUUCUACACAUAAAACUACUGCU